UUCAGUUCUAGAUUUUGCAGGCAGUUUCGUUCCGUCGGUUUACCGUGGAAGAUUGUGGAUUGGAAGAAUACUGUUGCGAUGGCUCUUAUACAGGGACAGGGAAGUUCCGAAAAUCGAGUUGAUCUCAGUGACUUUAGGGUGCCUUAUUAUUCAGAUGAUAUACCAGAUGACCUAAAAAAGGAUUUUUCUUCCAAAAAUCCGUUUAUAUUAUUUGAUAGUUGGUUUAACCUCGCACAUAAAACUGAUGGUAUAAGAGAGGCUAAUGCAAUGGCGGUAGCGACAGCUGAUAAGUCUGGAAUGCCUUCUGUUCGUUAUUGUCUACUAAAAAGCUAUGGUACUGAUGGGUUUUGCUUUUUCACAAAUUACAACAGUAGAAAAGGAAGAGAAAUAGCUGAGAAUCCAAGAGUAGCUUUGUUAUUGUACUGGGAACCAUUAUGUCGCCAGAUACGAAUUGAGGGUUCAGUUACAAAAUUAAGUGAAAAAGAAUCUGAGGAAUAUUUUCAUUCUCGACCCCAUGGCAGUCAAAUUUCAGCUGUUAUUAGCCACCAGAGUGAAUUAAUCCCUAGUAAAGAGGUACUUUUGAGAAGGAAAGAAGAACUGGAACGUCAGUAUGCUGAUGAAACCAUCACAAUUCCUAAACCAGAAUACUGGGGUGGGUACAAAGUCAUACCAAAUUCAUUUGAAUUUUGGUGUGGAAGGACUAAUCGACUUCAUGAUCGUCUAAGAUUUCGUAGGCCAUCUCCUCAAGAAACUCCUGAUGAAAAGUUGACAUUCAAAGGGGAAAGUGGUUGGAUUUAUGAAUAUUUAUCUCCAUAGCAAUAUAUGCUCAAUUAAAAUAGUUUUGUAGACAUAAAUUAUAAAUUUAUGUAAUUUAUCAGUUCUUUGUUUAAUUCUGAAAGUAUUUUAUUUUCACAACCAUAUAUAUGUUUUAAGUUAUGAAGAAUGUUAUUAAAUUUAGUAUUUAAAAUUACUAGAUUUUGUCAUUUUGUAAUAAUAUGAACUUAAGAAUAUAUUUUACCGUUUUCUAAAAAUCAUGAUUAUGAGUUUAUUUUGAAAAUAGUUUCCUACAUUUUGGUGAAGCAUGAAUUAAUUUUGAACCCAAGUGUGUUUUGUAAACUUUGAGUAAAAGGAAUUUAAUGUAAAUAUAAUUUUUCCAGGUGUUUAAUUUCCAAAAUUAUUGCUUGAAAAUAAAGUAUUAU